AUGCUCAGAGGAGAGCGAGUGAGUGUGGGAGGAUAUCAGAUCACAUCGGAUGUUGUAGGAGAAGGCUCAUAUGGCCGUGUACAUAUCGGACUCAAGCCAUCGACUGGAGAAAAGGUUGCCAUCAAGAUGAUUCCUAAACAGCACGGAACAAACGCAAUGUUGCCAUACAAAAAGGAGGCCGUCUUGCAUAAAAGAAUUCCCGCUCAUCCAAACAUUAUUCAUAUGACCGGGUAUGAAGAAGACACAGAAUGCAUGUACAUUAUCUUGGAGUACGCUGGUUCUGGGGAGCUGUUUGAUCGCAUAGCUCCUGAUGUCGGAUUAGAAGAAAAACUGGCACAUUUUUACUUUGUUCAACUGGUCGCUGGAAUGGAACAUCUGCAUGCUAAUGGUGUCUCGCAUCGAGAUCUUAAACCUGAGGCAUGUGUCACUAACUUGCUGCUUGAUGAUGACGGAAAUCUGAAAAUAUCAGAUUUUGGUUUGGCCACCAUAUUUUACGCCAAUGGAAAUCGGAGAACACUGAAUACACCCUGUGGAACACCACCCUACGUUGCUCCAGAGAUACAUUCUGGCAGCUACCAGGGCGAUGAAGUGGAUAUAUGGUCGGCUGGCAUCAUAUUGUAUACACUUCUUGCUGGCAACACACCAUGGGCAGAACCAACAGCACAUGAUCCUGAAUUCAUGUACUUUUGUGAGAGCUAUCCCGAGCUAGAUUACCCUCCUUGGAACCAGCUUCCAGAGGGACCAUUAGAAUUGCUUCGAGGAAUCUUGAAUACGGAUACGACGAAGCGUUUCACCGUUGAUCAGAUUCAGAAGAAUCGAUGGUUUGCAAUACCGAACGAUAUGCUCACAGAUGGAAAAUGCAACAAUCCUAUGGCAAUAGCUGAAUCUAUGAUGGUCACUUUAACCCAAUCUGGAGAUUACACAAUGCAUGAUCUGUCUCCCCAAUUUUCAUAUACUCAACCAGAGGCGUUUCAACCUGCUGAAAACACGAGUAUGGACAUAGAACCGAUGACGAAGCGUUCUAUGUUUUCAUUCUCGCAACCUGCUGUCGGUCGUAUUGUGAUUGAUAAUUCACCAACGAAUGAUUAUGGGCAGGAAACUCUGUCACAAUUCAAGCGACAAUUCAAAGAAGCACUGCCAACUGAUCGGCUGACUCGUUUCUACACGGAGGUGGAAGCCAACGCGUUCAUGACGCACUUGUCUUCUCUUCUUGCGUCAUUCUUGGUACCUCACAAGAUUUAUCCUAUGACGUUGGUGUUUACAACAGUAGACAAGCGAAAGUGUCCAUUGAAUGGGGUGGUUGAAAUUCAACCAAUGUCUUCUAGUCUGAAUCUUGUCGUUAUUCGAAAAUCCAAGGGAGAUUCAAUAGAGUUCAAGCGAUUCUUUAAGAGUUUGAUGGAACACCUAAAGCCUCUUGUUGUUGCGGACAAUCAACACUAA